AGGACCCUCCACUCCCAAUCCUUCUCCCUCCUCCAUUGCAGGAGCCCACAUGAACCCAGCGUUUUCCUUUGCCAUGUGCCUGAUAGAGCAGUUUCCCUGGUGGAAGUUUCCUAUCUUUGUGGUUGUGCAGACCUUGGGAUCUUUCAUAUCUGCUGGAGCUGUUUACAUCCUCUACUAUGGUAUGGGGGAGCAGCAUUGGGCUAGAGAAGCUCGUGGUGAUGUCUGGGGUGGCCAGGCUUAUGGACAUGCUGGGCCUCUGUCCCAAGAUGCCAUCUGGCACUACAGCAACGGGACCCUUACUGUCUCUGGCCCCCGAGAAACUGCCUCCAUCUUUGCCACUUACCCGGCUGACUACGUGUCCAUCGCCAAUGGCUUCUUGGACCAGGUGGGUGCCACUGUCAGCUCCCCCAGCCUCCUCAGUCCCCAUGGUGCUGAGCUGCUGCGUUGUCCUUGCAGGUGAUUGGCACAGGGGUGCUGAUAGUGGGUGUCAUGGGUAUCAUGGAUGCCCGCAACAAGGCUGUCCCCAAGGGCCUGGAACCAGUGGUUGUGGCUCUCUUGGUGCUCUCCAUUGAGUCCUCCAUGGGGGCCAACUGUGGCUGCCCCCUGAACCCUGCACGGGACUUUGGGCCCCGGCUCUUCACCUAUGUGGCAGGCUGGGGCCCUGAGGUCUUCAGCAGGGGCAAUGGGUGGUGGUGGGUGCCACUGAUAGCACCACUGCUGGGGGCCGCCGUGGGCACAUACCUGUACCAGCUCUUUGUGGCUUUCCACUACCCGGAGGAGGACAGCAGAACCCCGGCAGAGCAGGGCUCCAUCGUUCUAGUCAACACCACCAUCGACCCAGCCAUUAGGAUGUUGCCCACGGAGAAGGACACUGGGGAGACAGUGCCUGCGGGGUAUCCCUCACCACCCUGCACCAGCAGGACAGUCUCCCCCACAGUCCGUGUCACACCAUUAAAAGAGUCCUGAGGG